AUGGCUGCAAAGUCACUUUACAGCUGCAUGCGAUCUGCCCAAACAACUUUGUUUGUUUCUGGUAGUUGCACUUUACGUUCACUUUUGCCUUCCAGCGUCACUUGUGUACAGCAAGUUCGUCACCGACGCUAUCCAGCAUUUAUUGUCCGCCCGAGCAUAAGGAAACCAUGGCAUGUACGAAAGUGGACUACAAAAAGUGACGGGGACCUUAUUGCCAGCAAUGAAGCAUUUGUCAAAGACGUUUUAAUUGAUAAAUAUACAGGAGUGGGCAAAGUGGAAAGUCCGCUGAAAGAUGGACCCUGGGAGAGAAACCCCUUUGUGCAUGGGACACGGAGGACAGGCGUGCUAGCUUUGAAACUAGGCACCACUGAACAGUACACAAAAGAAGGGAAUGUGUUUACCGUGACUUUGUUACAGGUGUUAGACAACCAUGUGAUCAACUAUGUGCCCCCUGAAGUGUAUGCCACGUACCCCAGCCAUCGGCCCCACCAGGGCGAGAAGUUUGGCCUGCAGAUUGUUGGUGCUCUGAGCUGUGACCCCAGAAUGUUCUCUAAGGCUUACAACAAUUUGUUUAUGAAAGCUGGUGUCCCACCCAAGCGUUGGCUUACCAGAUUUUUAAUUACGCCAAAUGCUGCAGUCCAACCAGGUACCCCACUGUGUGUCAACCAUUUUAGAGUUGGUGACCAUGUGGAUGUCCAGUCUCGAACGAGGGACUGGGGAUUUCAAGGUGUCAUCAAGAGGUGGGGAAUGAAAGGAAUGCCAGCCUCUCAUGGUGUUACCAAGUCUCACAGGAAGAUGGGCAGUACUGGAGGUGGAGGAGACAAAGGUGGCAUUUGGAGAGGCAAGCAUAUGCCUGGCAUCAUGGGUAACAGGCUGAGCGUACAACAUAAUCUCAAGAUCUGGAGAAUCAACACAAAAUACAACAUACUGUAUGUGACAGGCCCUGCCAUUGCUGGCUUGCCUCACACAUUUGUCCGAGUUAGUGAUACCCUGAUCCCAACAAGAAGGAUCAAAGAAGAAGAUGCAGGAAACUUACCCAUGCCCACAUGGUAUCCUGAAGAUGAGACGGAGCCCAUCCCUGAGGAGUUGUUUGAUGAGCAGCUGUUCAGGUUCACAGAUCCAUCCGUUGAGAUAACUUCAUAG